AUGCGGAAGAUUCCCGUGGCCACUACCCGGGAGAUUAUGCGUCAGCUGUUGGAGUCGUUGGUGUUUUUGCAUUCGCACGGUGCUGUGCAUAAGGAUUUAAAGUUGGAGAACGUAAUGCUCGAUGCUGGCGGCGAAGGCAAAUCUUCGAAGUCAAGCUUACCCGCGCAAGCGGUGAAGGUGAUCGACUUUGAUACCCUGGAAUCAUGGUGUCCCUCAAAUGCCUCAGCCAAGGAUGUGGUUGGCACCGACCAAUACAUAUCCCAGGAAGCCUAUGCCGGCAAGUACUCCCCCCUGUCGGAUAUCUUCGCCUGCGGGGUGAUUCUGUACAGACUACUGACAGGAAAGUUUCCGUUUCACGACGAUAUGUUCGAUGAUGAGGCUGGCGAGAACUGGGUCGGCAGCCCAAAGAUGGCCCAAAUUCGGCGAAGGCUGAAAGUGGCCAAGGUGGACUUCUCCAAAGAGGUUUUCCAAGAAAACAGCGAAGCUGGUGACCUCGUCAUGCGCAUGCUUGCGUACCAAGAAAACCAGAGACCUACCGCCUCCGCGGCGUUAGAACAUCCGUGGUUCCAGGACUCUCGUGCAGCUCCACAGCUGCCGCCCUACAUCCAGGAGCUGGUGGACGAUGGCAUUGUCGUUGGCGAGGCAUAG